UGUAUAAAUAUCUGCAGGGGGAGAAAGAGCAUCAGUCCAGGAGAGGAAGCGAGGAAGAAGGAAUACAAACAGGAAGCUGGAUGAGAGGAAGAAGAGCAGAGCUGAGAGAUCAGAGAACACGUAGAGCUGGAAACUUCUAAACAGUUUUUUUAUUCACAGAAAUGGCAGCAGGAGCUCUGUUGGCUUUACUCUUGUUCCUGAGUGUCAGUGUUCCAUGUUUCUCUGUUUAUAACAGCGGUGAAUGCUUCUUCAACACUAAAGGGAGCUGUGAAUACAUGGGGCAGCUAUACGGCAUCGGAGAGAGCUGGAUCACCACUGACUGCUACCAGUGUGUCUGCAUGGAGCCUUUUGGAGUCGGAUGCUGCGACUACCAAUCAAAGCCUGUCGACUACCCAGACUGGUGCGAGAUCAUCCGUAAACCCGACUCCUGCACCAGCGUGGCAGUGAUGAGGGUCAACCAUAAGCUGCCCUGCCUCUGGGGACAAGGACGCCUCCGAACGCCCGGACAGCAGCCGUGGAGAUCUGACAACGAUCCUUUAUUUUGAACCACUCAGACGGAAAAUAUGCAGCAAUAGAUAAUGUGUGAUGUUUAUUUUUGACGUAAUAAACACAUUCAGGGGUUUUAUUUCAUCAUGAGGGUUUUGAGAGACUAGUUUUGCAGAAUUUUCCAACAACAUUUGCAAAUAACUUCAUAUCCUUCAUGUCAAGUUUUAAUUUCAGUAUUUUGGUGUUGAUGUUUGUUUUUUUGUCAGUCUAAACAUGUAGGAUAUUUCUGUUCAUUUUUAAAAAACUUAUAUAUAAUUUCUGGUCUUGUUAAAUGUAUUACUUGUAAAUAUCCUGAAUAAACACUGACACUGUG